CCUCCAUGACACAUGACUUGGUACCGCUGACUCAAAUCCACGCUUGCAGAAACAGUUUGUUUGUUUACUUUCAUGCAUCCCAUCACUUUACAGGUGUCCUUAAACUGAAGUGACAUUGUGGGGGGAAAUGACUCAGCCAGCAGCGGCCACAUCUUCUCUCCUCAUGACACAUCACUCAGAAACGCACAAAGACAGCAUCCUGAGCAAGCUGGAUAAGCUCAGGAGAAAGGAACUGCUGUGUGACAUCACACUGAUCGUGGAGGAUGUGCACUUUAAGGCACACAAAGUGCUCUUGGCAGCCAGCAGUGACUACUUUUCUUCAAUGUUCUCGGUGCAAGAUCAGAUUAGCCAGUCGACUUACAGGCUGGACGGGAUGGUGGCCAACGCCUUCGCUGCGGUGCUGGAGUUUAUCUACAGUGGCCGGGUGUGUGUGGAGGAGAGCACCAGCGAACAGCUCCUGGUCACAGCCCAUCUUCUGGAGGUCGGUGACCUUGUGAAGGCAAAAACAAACAUCAGCAGGCCAGAGGUGCCAGUUCUGCUGAAACGCAAACGAGGACGGCCAAGGAAGACCGGGGAUGUGCCGGGCGUGGUGCCAGACACUUCAAAAGAAGAACCAGAUGACAAGAAGCGUGGUUCCUGUCACACCUCAGAAGAGAGGAAGGUGGUGGAUAUCGCCACAGCGGACAGUGGGGAGAAAGACAAAUACACUGUGGAGUGUCAACCCAGAGAUGCCAACGAUGUGGACUAUGAACCGAAGGCAGACCGGAGCCGGCAGAGCAAACGCAAAAUACGGCCGCCGUCCAAGUAUAAAGGGUUCAACGUGGGUGGUGACGCGGCGGUUGGCCAGGAGCCUGUGAAGAAAGGCAGGAACAGGAAAUACCCAAACACAGAGGCUCGGUGUGAGGACUGCGGGAAGGUGUUCAAAAACCACCUCUUCCUGAAGAUCCACCGCAGGACUCAUACAGGAGAGAAGCCUUUUAGGUGUCUGGUUUGCGGGAAGAGUUUCACCCAGAAACACAACCUGCUGAUCCACCAGCGGAUGCACACCGGAGAAAAGCCCUUCGUCUGCACCAUCUGCUCCAAAGCCCUCUCCACCAAACACUCCCUGCAGGAGCACAUGAACCUCCAUGAAGACGAGAAAUCCUUCAGCUGUGAUAAAUGUGGGAAGACGUUCAGUCAGAAGAGACAACUGAAGAGUCACUACAGAGUUCACACUGGUAAAUCUUUACCAGAAUGUGCCCUGUGUCACCACAAGUUUCUGGACACGGCUCAGCUGAAAAAACACCUCAGAAUACACACAGGUGAGAAGCCUUUUACCUGUGAGAUUUGUGGGAAGUGUUUUACUGCCAAGACUACGCUCCAGACUCACAUCAGAAUUCACAGAGGCGAGAAGCCGUACAGCUGCAGCAUCUGCAACAAGUCCUUCUCGGACCCCAGUGCCAGAAGACGCCACGUGGCGUCCCACUCAGCCAAGAAACUUUUCACCUGUUCUUUCUGCAGCCUGUCCUUCACACGUCUGGACAACCUGAAAACCCACGCCAAGACCCACAACAAGGAGCGAGCUGCCGUGACUGCCCGGGGCCCGUUGGAGGCGGCACCAGCAGUGUCUGAGGCCAAUGCGGGGCCCGAGGAGGUGCGCAACAUCCUGCAGCUCCCGCCGUACCAGCUACCCACGGGCUCCGAGCAGGAGAUCCAGCUGGUGGUGACGGGGGAGAUGGGCAACAUCAACUUCGUCCCCGGCCAGGCGCAGGAGAUAAGCAUUAUCACAACAGGGGCGGAGGUAGCAGACCCAGCCCACUCCAGACUCACCCUCAUGACCCAGCCACCGGGUCAUGUGCAGAGUGUGGCACUGGUCGCUGCUCAGGGUGGGGUGGCGGAGCAGAACCCGCAAAUCCAGACCAUCAGUCACAUGCCCCCUGGUGGUCAGCCAGAGCAGAUGCAUGUUAUCACGCUGAGCAAAGAGACGAUGGAGCAGCUGCAGGCCCAUCACGCCCCCCCGCAGCAGCUGCAGCUGAUGCACCAGGAGCCUGGGACCCCUCAGGGCCAUUUGGCUAGGGGGCUGCAAAACCAGGCCAUUCAUAUCAACAGCCAGAGCAGUCAGCCAAUCUCAAUCAGUCAGACCAAUGAGCAGAUUUCCAGUCACCACAUCCAGGGCCAGACUUUCCAGAUCCAGGCGGGUACCGUGUCCUAUCUGUACACCACCAGCCUGCACCAUGAGAGCUGAGGGUAUGGAGGACCGCCUCAGCCUGGAUGACUGUUGUUAUUGCCAGAGACAGUAACAUACAUGAUAAUGGUGCUGUACUAUUAAGUGACAACCCCUGAACAAUG